CACACAGACUCACACUCAAUGCUUUGUGAUUCACAAGUCUCACGGUAUCUCUCUCUCUCUUCGACAGCAACAGAAACUCACACAGAGACACUGGACAAACACUCUCCACCUCUUAUCUACCAACCAUUUGGACAUAGCAGAGUCCCCCUGGAUUUGUCCUCAAUAUGGAAAACAAAGCUGAUGUAAAGGCCAUAAUGGCUCGCUUCCAAUCGAGCGGGUGGAGCACCGAUGAGACUUCUUCCACACCGGCUGGACGACCCAAACAACUCCUGCAUCCCACCCUUUCCUCCGGCGCAGCCAUACAGACAAAGAAACCUGUCAUGGAAAGCCUCUCAGGCAGUGCAAUAAGUGUUCCUCCUAAACCACCUUUUCUGAAAAAUACAGUAUCCACUAAAAGUGACACGGAGGUACAUGAGCCAAACAAAACUAAAGCCCUGGCUAGCAGGUUUGCCAACACACAGGAUGACACCAACAGCAAACCUUUAAUUGGUACUAAACAGCAGAUACCCCUGAAGCCUCCUCUUUCACAGCAUCUUGAAGCUAAAGGCCCUGUACAGAAGCCUCCUCUCAACAAGCCCUCCCUCAGCUCCACCCUGUCCGACUCCAAACCUGCCUUUCCUAAACCAACUCCAGCCAUUGGCUCCAAGCCCAGCUGGAUAAAAGAAGACAGUGGUGGGGGUGUGCCAUCCGCUACCAGCUCCACACCCAAAGCACCCCCUUUACAACAAAAACCGAGCAGCAGCAUUAUAAAAUUACGGCAGCAAAAUGAAGAACAUACAGGAGCUAACACGGACACCGCGAACAAACCUUCACCUCUGACAAACUCCCCUUUUAAGCCCCCGUCCAACUUUAAGACUGCUCAGAAUAUGUUCAACAAGGAGAAGGACAAGAAUGAGCAGUCAGCUAGUGGUGGGGCCAACAAAACGCCCCUCACUGGGACUAACUCCAUCCCUCCUCCCAAACCUCCACCUGGUAAAAAACCAAGCUUGAAGAGGCCGCCCACGGCCUCUGCUAAGCCCAGCAUCGUUAACGGUGAUGCCACUUCAGGCCCCAAGCGUAACCCACUACCCAACAGUUUAGCUCUGGGUCUUGCUCCUGCCAAACCUAACCGACCCCCGAGAGUCAACCUGGAGAACUUUAAAAGAGAUGCUGAGGCCUCUGGUCCUGGCACCUUUAAGAAACCCAUCACCCCAACUCCUCCGUCCUCUCACCCCAGUAACCAAAGCAACCACGUGGCCCCUACUCCACCCCCUCAGUCUGCACUCCCCAGUCUGCCCCCUCGACACCCUGGAUCCAUGGUCCAGCAGGAGGAGUUCUAUGAUGAUGUUGAUGAACUGACCAGCUCUCCUCCACCUCUACCACCAUCCACAGGUCAUCCGAGUCAGAGGGCAAAGGAGGAAUUUGAUGAUGACGAUGGAGAGAUGUAUGAGGACCUUGAUGAACGAUGGGAAGCGGCUGAACAAAAACAAGAAAAGAAGAGAGAGAAAGAUGAGAAGGAGGAGAAAAAACGACUGGAGGCUGAGAAGAAGGAGCAGAGGGAACGUGAGAAAAAGGAACAAGACACCAGAAAGAAAUUUAAACUGGUGGGCCCCCUGGAGGUCAUCCACCAGGGGAAGGCUCGUGUGGACUGCAAAAGCAGUAAAACUGACCUCGGUAUGAGGCAGGGAGACUGCGUGGACAUCAUCCGUGUACAGGGCAACCCGGAGGGGAAAUGGCUGGGACGAACGCAGGACGGAUCCAUUGGUUAUGUAAAGACCACUUCAGUGGAAAUUGACUUUGACUCUCUGAAGAAUCGUCAAGCUCAGCAGUCGUACGACCCUGAGGUCUAUGACGACAUCGACGUCAUCUCUUCUGAUAACAGUGGGAUCAAAGGACCAGGAGUUGUCCUUCCCCCACUGCCAGGAGACGAAGGAGAAAUAUAUGAUGAUGUUGUUGAUCCAAACCUGGAAGUCAGUCCCCUGGACACCAGGUCUCCUCUUACGAAGCCCCUUAGCUUCCUACGGAUGUUUGACCGGAACAGACGCCCUGCCAGCACUAAAGUAGUGCCUCCACCCAGCCAGUUUACUGCAGAGGGGAAUUCAGAUCAAGGAGCCACAAUUGAUGAGGAGAUAUACGAUGAUGUUGACUCUCAAAAUUUGCCUUCAUCUCCGCCCAUAAGCAGCUUUUCAAUCCAGAAAGGCAAAAGCAAGACUGAUGAGACGGACCCAAAGAAGCAGAAAAAGUUUGAGAAAGAGGAGAAGGACUUCAGGAAAAAGUUUAAAUAUGAUGGGGAGAUACAGGUGCUGUACCAGGUGAACAUCGUCCACACACUCACUAAUAAGAAGUGGAGUGGGAAAGAGCUGGCAGUCAAAGCAGGGGAGAAACUUGACGUCAUCGUUAAAGCUGUGGACAACAAAUUGAUCUGUCGGAACGAGGACGGCAAGUUUGGUUAUGUUUCAACCAGCCAUAUUGCUACGGAUGAUGGUGAUAUCUAUGAUGACAUUGGAGAUGAUUGCAUCUAUGACAACGAUUGAAAAACGUCCUGCACUGGGUUUAUUGUUUUACAUGGAUAUUGUACAUGUUAUUUAUUAUGUUUACUGAUGAUAUACAUUGGGAAUUGCUUUGAGAUAGCCUGAAAAUCUGACUAAAUUGUCAUUUCAUUUUCACUUGAUUAUUUAUUAAACAAUAUUUGAAUUGCUGAAAACAAAUUGGACCUGUGGCCAGUGAUUUAUCUAGGAACAGUCUGGCUUUGAAGUCAUUUGAACAAUGUAAUCCUUUUAAAUUUUGUUUCUUCAAAAAAACAAAAAAAACAACAAAACAAAACAAAACAAUGCAAUGUGGUUAUGUUACAUGCAACAUCUCGGCAAGGUGGGAAACAUUUGUUGGAUCAACAGUAUUUGCAUUUUUCUGUUUUCAUUUUUUUUGCCUUUUCCCCCCUCUCUUGCACUGCCUUUAGACAUUUCACAGCUCUGACUUCACAUGUAUGCUUCUACUUUGGCUUAUAUUUAUAAUAAGGAAAGUGGCAUGUUUAAAUGAAAGUUAUAAACAUUACCUGCUAUUUUGUCAGUUAUUUCUGUCCAUGAUAUGGUACUGAUCAUAACUCUGGUUUAUUUGUCUAAGGUUUCAUCAUGUAGACUUAACAACAGAUGUAGUGCCAAAGUGAUUUUGCAUACUGUACAUAAAGUUAUGACAUACAUAUGAUUUUUUUUUCUUAAGUGUGUUUUUCAUUUCUUCCUACACAUCUUUGUAUGUCCUAUCUGUUAUAAAGAGGCCUUUUAAGACCCACAUUAGUUAAAUGCAUCUAUCACCAACAUGCACAAUAAAGUGUUGUAUGAUUCCUGUAAA